CUUUCUCCCAAACAAACCCGAGCAUCCCUGAGAAAACACCCUUACACUCAUCUUUCUAACUCUAAGCAUCAUGGCCAACAUUCUUGUCUGUCCUUCUUUUCUUCUCAGGUGCAGGAAGAGAUGUUAUGUUGUUGUAGCGGAAAGUUUAAGGAAGCAAAUAGAAGGCACAACGAUGAAGUCAAAGUCAGCAUCCGAUAAUGUCAUUAAUAUUAAAGAGGAAAAGUUUUGGAUGAGAGAUCCUAAGAGUGGAAAUUGGAUUCCUGAGAAUCACUUUGGACAGGUUGAUGCUGCUGAACUGAGGGAGAAGUUUCUGCCAACCAGACACACAAAUUCUUCCAAUCAACUUAAGUAGGAUCUUUGUGAAACAAAUUUGAUCGAAAGUUUGAAAGGAACACAAUAAUAUAUAUAUGGAAAACCUAUGCUUAAAUAAAGAUAUAUUUAUGACAUUAACAUGUGUGUUUUCUUUACUUGUUCUUCAGUUAUAUAAUAAAUAUACGUUCAGUACGUUUGUUCA